AUGAGUGAAUAUCUUCCCUCGUUCAUUGUGGAACCUGUCCUGCGCCAGGCACGGCGAUUCUCUCGACUCAGCACCACCGCAGAAGAUUCGCCCGGUUUCCUCCCUGCGGUACCCGAUCUGCAGCGCUGGAGCCCCGCUCGGUUUUGGACUACAUCACCCCCUCUUUCGCUGGAAGAUCCUCUUGUCGAGCCGACGGCUGAGAACAGAGAGACCACGGUCCAGUCUAUCACCAGAACCAUCCAACUAUGGGCUGCUCAACUCAACAGCUUCGACACCAUUCCUUCUCCUCUUUUGGAGCCAAUGGAUGACCUGGAAAGAGAGCCGGCGCAACAUACACUAAGAGACCAGCCGUCCACAACCGAAUUUCCCGCCCUUGAACCUGAGCUGGAACCUCCUCCUCGACCUGUCCGGCUCGAAACCCUCCGCAACGACAGUGAAACCUCCCUAAAUCCUGCCAACGAAUUGUCCUAUCAGUCCCGUGUCCAUGAAGAUAACUCAAGGCCUCAUGCAACAUCUGACCCCGUUGCCGCGCCCGACACGGAUCCAACGAGACUAGGACUGGGGACAGGUGCACAGAAUGGAGAUAAUGUCAGCGACCGGAGAAGAGACGGGUCAGGAACCCUGCCAGAAGAUGACGGCAUGGGAGCCCUCAGACAGAAGAUCAGCUCUAUAUGGUCAGGGCCGGGCACUGCUGCGGAGAAGUCGAAACUCGUGCAUGGCUUGAUGAUGGAACGGUACCAGAAAGGCCAUGCUGGGAAACGGUCCCCUCUGAAAACACUCGAGUUGCCUCAUCGCUUAGACUCCCCCACCUCGACAAUCUCCACCCCCGGGCAGGAAAUCAACUGGAGUCUCACUGAAAAGGACCUUCAGCCAACAUACGCACCAGUCCACCCGGACGACAUGAAUGCGUCUGGAGAAUUGGCCAAACCUGCGCUUGGCUGUGUCCAUUACAUACGCAAUGUCAAGAUGCAGUGCAGCAGUUGUGAAAGAUGGUACACCUGUCGGCUCUGCCAUGACGAGGCAGAGGACCAUACUUUGCCCCGUCGAGAAACUAAAUACAUGCUUUGCAUGCUUUGCCAAACCCCACAAGCGGUGGGUCAGGUGUGCAAGAAGUGUCAGGUCCCUGCCGCACAUUACUACUGCCCCAUCUGCAAGUUGUGGAACAACGACCCUGACAAGUCGGUCUAUCACUGUGACGACUGCGGUAUCUGUCGACUCGGCGAAGGUCUCGGGAAGGACUUUUUCCACUGCAAGACAUGCGCCGCUUGCAUGUCGAUCGCGGCCGAAAGCACUCAUAAAUGCAUUGAACGGAGCACCAAGAGCGAUUGUCCCAUCUGCGGUGAAUACAUGUUCACCUCAAAUAAGCCCGUUGCAUUCAUGCGAUGCGGCCACAGCAUUCACGAAGCAUGCUUUGCCGAUUGGUGCAAUACCAGCUACAAGUGCCCGAUCUGCUCCAAGAGCAUUGCAAACAUGGAGAGUCAAUUCCGACGGCUCGACAGACAUAUCGAAGAACAGCCCAUGCCUGAGGAGUAUCGUGACAAUCGGGCGUACAUAUUCUGCAACGACUGCAACAGCCGCAGUGUGACGAGCUAUCACUGGCUGGGGCUGAAAUGUACCAUCUGCGAAUCUUACAAUACGGCUCAGCUGGAGCUUCUGGGUGCAGAGGAAACGCCCCAACUUCAGGAACAGCAGCAGCAGGCUCAGCAAGCAGGAACAUCUGAGGCAGCGCUUACGGCGAGCCAGAGCCAUACACCUACAGGCGAAUUGACCCAGCCCGUCGACAUUGCUAGAGCCUUCAGCGAGGUGCAACCUCGUCCUGUGGAGUCGAGACCGACUUCAGGAACGCCAUUGAGCAGAUCGUCCUGGCUACUACCCACUUCGCCCACCGCUCGGUCGACUCGUUCCAUGUCACCGGUCGUCGGCAGUUAUUUCGGCACGGGGCCACGGUCAUCUGGGACACCUGAAGCGCUACCGUCUCGACGUGGCACAACACCCUUGGACGACGACGAUGAUCUCGAUUUCUGGGGUCGUCCAAACUCACCUCGCCGGGACGAGGCUGAAGGGGAUGAUUCCGAGUCCGGGUCCGAGUCCCAGAGUGACCCUGACGACCUGAUGGAGGACGAUGAUGAUGAAGAAGACGCUAUGGAUUUGAUUGGGCAUAGAUGA